AUGACAAGGUUUGCGAAGAAUUGGCUUGUUUUAUUCAAAUUCAAUUUUUCGACGGGCUCACUGAACAACCACAGGUACGGUUUUGGGAUCAGGGACCCUACAGUAACCCGGGGGGAGAUUUGGAGCUACAGUAAUCCGAAGAGGGCUUUAGUUUAGGCUACAGGAACCUAAAGGGGCUUUGAUCGAGGUACAUUAUCUGGGGUUUCGGUGACUACUGUAGUUGUUUAAGCUACAGUAACCUAACGGGGCUUUGAUCGAUGUACAUUAGUUUGAGCUACAGGGUUUUCGGUGACUACUGUAGAUUUUUGAGCUACAGUAACCUAUUGGAUUUGAGCUGUGUAAGCACAGCUAUUGGAUUACAGUACCAGGCUACAGUAACCUAAGGCUUUCGCUUGGAAGUUUCUCUGCGUCUCUCAAUUCCACAUGCUCUCUAAUCGAGCGGAGCGAGUGUAAACCGCAAGCUUCCGCGUCAGCGGCACUGUCUUCCGCUUCAGCGGCUAGUUUCUUUGCGUCUCUAACUCUCUAGCUGUCUAAUUUUUCUGCGUCUCUAGCUCGAGCGAAGCGAGUGUAAACCGUAAGCUUUCGCGCAGCGGCACUAUCUUCCGCUUCAGCGGCCAGUUCCUCUGCGUCUCUAACCCUCUAGCUCUCUGGUUUCUCUGCGUCUCUCAAUUUUUUUCUUGCAGAAAAGAGCAAAAUGGCAGACAAAUCGGCAUUUGUGCCAGUCGACGCAAUCGGAAAUCACAAAAAUACGGAUCUCGAUGUCGACAUCGACGAUGAACUCUUCGGCAAAAAGCCGCCAGCAAAAUCGGCUUCAGCUUCCGCUCCACCACCACCACCACCUGCACCAAAAGCUGCACCAGCUCCACCACCACCGGCCGCCGCAGCUCCGCAGAAAUUCCAAUACAAAAAAUCGACAACGUACUCGAAAUCGUAUGCGAAGUGAGAAGGAGAAGCUGAAGCUGCACACUUGAUAAAUUUUCAUCUUUCUUGUUUUUUUUUGGAGCUUGGGAUUUUGCUGGCGCUUUUCCAGUAGCUCAGAUGUUUGCUGACGCAUUUCUAGAAGCUAGGAAAUCUGCUGACGCUUUUCUAGGAGCUUGGGAAUUUGCUGACGCAUUUCUAGAAGCUUGGGAUUUUGCUGACGCUUUCCUAGGAGCUUGGAAAUUUGCUGACGCUUUUCCAGGAGCUUGGGAAAUUGCUGACGCUUUUCCAGUAGCUCAGAUGUUUGCUGACGCUUUUCUAGAAUCUUGGGAUUUUGCUGACGCUUUUCUAGAUUACCUAGACUACUGUAGUUGCUCUAAUCUAUUUAUUUAGAGAUUACUGUAGAUCCUCUGAAGUACUGUAGCCAUGGAUUAGGAGCAAAUAAAGCUUCUUGAGAGCCUAGGCUAAGGAUUACUGUAGAUUUGGACAAUUCAGCUGGAUUACUGUAGUUCUAACAUGACUCUGGAUCUACUAGGUACUGUAUCAAAAGGGUUACUGUAGAUUUAGAGGGUUUAAAAAUACGGUAGCUCCCCUGGAUUACUGUAAAUCUUAGAACUACUGUAGCCAGAUAGAAAAAAAAUCUGCGAUAAAAAUUUCCAAACGUGACCUAGUCAAAAAUGAAAAAAAAAAUGAGAGCAUCUCAAUUUUUUGCCAGGCUCAUUUUUAUUUCAAUGAAGCUGAAACUAUCCAAAUUUUACCGUAUUCUCUUCAUAUUUUUUAUUUUCCUAAUCAAAUCCACAAAUUGCCUGGAAAAUCCAAAAUGUGAACAACGCGAAAGCGUAUACUAAACACAGGAUUCCAAACACGCUCAUCAUUUUUGUCAAUUAUUUUUCGAAUUCAACUGAUAGUGCAAAUGUGAGUUCGAAAAGGCGCGGCGCGGUCUGCGUUGCGUGUUCAUUUCGAUAAUACAAAAAAUUCUAGAAUGCAAAAAUUCGCUAUGUUCUGAAACAAGUCGCCUGUUCGAUUCCCAAAAAUUUCAUGAUCGAGUAUGGAACAAUUGCAAAAAAUGUGUUCUCAAAGCAUUCGGAUAUUUCGGAAGUUGUUGAGUGGCUCGAAAAACCAGUUGGUGAGUUAGUUUCUGGGUCGUUGAACGCGCUGCGUGAGAGCGUUGCGGUUGAAAUAAAAAUAAAUCAGAAGAACGGCAAAUAAACCAAGUGAUUCUGAUUUGAGAGAGUAGAUCAAAAAAUUUUGAUUUUGUUUUCCAACCGCAACGCUCUCACGCAGCGCGUUAAAUGACCCACAAACAUUAGGAUUCACAAACGAAAGAAAUUUUAAAAUUUUUUUGAACAUUGAAAGAUAAAUUCACGAAAAGUCAAGGUCAAAAUUAGUUUUUCGAGUUUUUCAGCCAAAAAUGAUGACAAAUCGAUAUUUUUCAAGCUUCUUGAGUAAUUUCUGAUAAAAAUAAGCUUAUAAACUUUUUUCGAAAUUCAUCAAAAUUCAAAAUUUUUUUAUUUUACGAAAAAUCAGCAAAACCUUCUGGAAAGUGAAUUUCAAGGUCAAUUUUAAUCAGAAAUUACUCCAGAACCUUAAAAAAUAUUGAUUUGUCAUCAUUUUUGGCUGAAAAACUUGAAAAACUAAUUUUGACCUACAAUGUUUUUUCGACAUUUUUUGACUUUUCGUGAAUUGAUCUUUCGAUGUUAAAAAAACAUUUUUUUCGUUCGUGAAUCAGCCCUAGAACAUGAAAUUCGAAAAAAAAUUGAUAAUCCGAUUUUCUUCCAGAAGUUCAAACAUGCCAAACAAUAUUCUCCUCACUAUUAGAUGCUCUUAACUCGUAUCAAACUCGCUACGAACGUGUUGAGAUCAUUUUCCACGUUCCAUCGAUUCUUCCUCCUACUGAAAAAUGCGACUACAUCGAGGAAUUUCAAAAAUUACCAAUUCUCAUUCAUUUCAAUAUGAUAAGAUUUGACAAUAUUCAAAGAUUCGGGACAAAAAUCAUGAAUUUUCCUGGGGUAAAUUCAAUUGAUACAAAAAAUCCGGAAGCUAGUUUGGAGCUCAGGGAAAAAUCGAUGAAUUUGUGAGUUAAAAAAAAACAAAUCUAAAAUUAAAAUAUUAUCAUAUUUUUUUCAGUGUCAAUGAAAUUCUUGAAAUUCCUCCUGAAAUCAUGGAAGAGCAAUGUGCAAGCCCUGAUUUUUUAUUAUAUUCCAUUAUUUCGGCUAUAAUUGCGAUGGUUUUGACAUUUCUAGUCACAUUUUCCUACCACGCCGUGCUGAAACUUGGAUACUUGAAGAAAAAUAAAAAAAACUUGAUGAAAAUCGAGAAAACAAUCGUAAUUCCCGACAAAACUAUCAUUUCCACUGACACUAAAGAUCAGAAAUUUCAUGAUGAUGAUUUGGGAGAGAUCAGUGCGGCAUCUAGAAAAACUGUGGGAAAAAAAGAGCCGAAGGAUUUUGAUGAAUCUUAUAAACAUUGA